AUGUCGGGAGUUGACAGUCAUGUUCCGACGUUCGCAUCUGUACAGGUAGAAUGGAACUGUUUGCAUGCACCUCGCUGCAAGCACCUCUCUGCAAGUACUUCUCUCAAAGUACCACUUCGCAGGCACCUCUCCGCAAGCACCUCUUCACUAGUACCUCUUUGCAAGUACCUCUUUGCAAGUACCUCUUGGCAAGUACCUCUCCGCAAGUACCUCUCCGCAAGCACCUCUUUGGAAGCACCUCUUCGCAAGUACCUCUUUGCAAGUACCUCCCCGCAAGCACCUCUUUGUAAGUACCUCUUUGCAAGUGCCUCUUCGCAAGUACCCCUCCGCAAAUGGGCCGAAGACUUCUUUCUAAUAAGGACGAUGUCCGCCAACGGCCAGUUGCAUCGCCAUCGUUUUGAGAUGUCCACUUUUUUUUUAACCCCUGCUUUCUUUCAAUUUGCUUGUCACCCCGCUCGAAUCUUGAUCUCUCUUUCUAUGUAUAUCCAUUUAUAG